AUGUCGCCACGCUCAGCCAGAUUGCUCAAAUUCUUUAACUUGGUUGCCCAGGGGAAAAGAGCCAUCGUCAACCUCGACAGUCUAAAGCUGUUCUUGGAAUCUAUUCAGGAUCAAUCCAACCGCUCUGGGUGCAUUGAGCGCAUCAUCGCCAGUCCGGCCGCUCGUACGGCGCUCCACCGGGGCCUGCGGUUCAAUAUCACCCCGCAGUUUAUUGACCAAUACACGACACCAUUUCUUCACUAUCUCGCAGACCCUGAGAUCAAGCGGCUCUGUAACGGCCAAUUCCUGCAAGACAUUCUGACCCUCAUUGUGGAGCCAAAGACACUAUGGACGGCGUUUGUAGAUGGUUUCAAGAAGAAGGAGUUAUCCGAAUCCAGUGUCCACGCGUUGGCCUGGAUGGUCGUCGAAUUGCUCUCCUUUCCGCCCUCGUCGACCAUCGAUAUUAGAGGCGACGCCCAAGAGAUGAUCGACGAUGGAUCGCUGCUGCUCUCAUCAUCCGCCCAAGUCCGAGCACUCGGACAGAAAAUUCAGCACAUGUUAAUAAUCAAGUCGACGAGUGCGCCCUUUAGCCCCGAUUGUGCACCCGGUGGGCGACACGACAAUGACUUUCUGGAUUUUCGCACGGUCGCCAUAUACCCAACCGCCCAUGAGUUCGCAUCGACUGAAAAGCCGUUCUAUCGGCGCAUGGACGAGAUAUCAGAACUGCCUCGCGAACAACGCCUCCCAGCCCAUCUGGACAAUCAGUUUCGACUGAUGCGAGAGGAUAUGCUAUCUGAACUCCGCGAGGACAUCCAGAUAGCCUUAGGAAAGAAAAAAGGAAGAAGAGCGGCGUCCUUGCUCCAGAAACUAUCGAUUGUAAACAUCCUUUGCGGCGAUGAUCGGCGCCUGCGUCCUUGUUCCCUCGCGAUUUCCUGCGCGAAGGGACUGAACUCCCUCUCUACUCGCUCCGCGGACGAACGAAAGAAAUUCCUAAAUGAUAACCAUAGCUUUCUGAAACAUAACUCCUUUGGAUGUCUGCUUCGUAAUCAAGAAAUCAUCGCGUUUGCCACCCUCGAUCGGAAUGUCGGUCAACUCUGCCUUGACGUCCCGGUGAUUACGCUGCGGGUUUUGGGGGAGCACGCGAUGCAGAAGACAUUGGCAGCGUUCAAACUCUACAACGAUAUCCAUUUCGUGCUGGUCGAAGCUGCGGUCUUUGCGUAUGAGCCGAUCUUGAAAUGCCUUCAAGAUAAACCAGACCUGCCAUUGUCGCGGGAAUUGCUCGAAUAUCAACGUGGGGGACUUGCUGAGCCAUCGGGCCUCAUCCCAGAUGAUAUUGUGGAGAACAUACGAAACACGGGUGAUCAAAACAUCCAACAUCUGAUUGGUACCAAAACACCAGUAAACCUUGAUCGCACUCAGCUUGACUCGUUUGUUUCUGGCUUGACGCAGACAGUUAGUCUCAUACAAGGGCCUCCAGGAACUGGAAAAUCCUUUAUAGGGGCUUUGUUGGCCAAGGUCUUUCAUGACCACAGUCAAGAGGCCAUUUUAGUGAUGUGCUAUACAAAUCAUGCACUCGAUCAGUUUCUGGAAGAUCUUCUCGAUAUUGGAAUCGACUCGUCGUCAAUUGUUAGACUGGGAUCUAAAUCCACCGCUCGUACUGAGCCCCUAAGUCUAUCCUCUCAAAGGUCCUCGUAUAGACAUACUCAGAGUACCUGGGGCGUGAUUGAUGGAUAUAAGAACGAAGCAGCCGAUUGCAAGGAUCGGCUGAUGCCGGCGUUCCAAAAGUAUGUCGACUUCAAGGUUAAUGCACGCACCAUGCUUGAGUUUCUCGAAUUCGAGGAUCCAUCCUUCUACAGUGCAUUCAUGCCACCGGAGAAUGACGACGAUAUGACCAUCGUCGGCGAGAAAAGAAAACAAGUCGAUUCACAUUAUCUCUACGAUCUUUGGGCAAGGGGACGGGAACAACCCGGCUACGUGAAGCUAGACAGCUAUGCACACUCUCAGGAUGUCUGGUCAUUCGAUAUGCCCACACGUCAAGCGUAUAUCCAGACAUGGUCUCAUCAAAUCCUUGAAGAACAAGUCAGCAACCUACACGAAUCCAUGCGCGGUAUCGACCAAUGCCACAGACAUAUAGAGAAAGUCUGGAAUCAAAGAACCCACUCCAUUCUCAAGUCUAAACGCAUCAUUGGGUGCACUACUACUGCGGCCGCCAUGUACACGGAAGACAUUCGUGCUGCGUCUCCUGGAAUCAUUCUACUUGAGGAAGCUGGCGAAAUCCUGGAGUCACAUGUUCUGGCGGCCAUGAAUUCAGAAACCAAACAAUUAGUGUUGAUCGGGGACCACCAGCAGCUACGACCAAAGAUUAACAGCUAUGUGUUGUCGGUAGAACGAGGUGAUGGAUAUGACCUUAAUCGGUCCUUGUUUGAACGACUGGUCCUGGCCGGAUAUCCCCAUUCUACCCUAGCUACACAACACCGAAUGUGCCCGGAGAUUUCCUUCUUGGUGCGAAGUCUUACAUAUCCCGCUUUAGAAGAUGCGCCAGCCACGCUGUCUCGUCCCGCCCCUCGCGGACUACAGGAUCGAGUGAUCUUCUUUCAUCAUGAAAAUCCAGAGACGAACUUCGCCCGUGUCUCAGACCGUCGAGAUGAGGGGGCAAAAGGGAGCAAGACAAAUCCAUUCGAGGUGGACAUGGUUCUGAAAAUCGUCAAAUAUCUAGGACAGCAGGGGUAUGGAACUGACAAGGUUGUGGUACUAACCCCGUAUCUGGGACAGCUGCAUCUGCUGAGGGAUCGGCUAAGAAAGGAUAAUGACCCUGUGUUAAAUGACUUGGACUCUCACGAUCUUGUGAGAGCUGGACUGCUUUCACAGGUCAGUGCAAAUUAUUCCAAGCGACCGAUUCGACUGUCAACAAUAGACAACUACCAAGGUGAAGAGAGUGAAAUCGUCGUGUCCACUCUAACCCGCAGCAACAACGCCGGCGAUAUCGGCUUCAUGGCAGCUCCCCAGCGUUUAAAUGUUCUCUUAUCUCGUGCUCGAAACAUUCUCAUUAUGGUUGGAAAUGUCAAUACGUUUGUCAACAGCCGAAAGGGAAAGGAUGUCUGGGUCCCCUUUGUCAAUAAUCUUAAAGCCAGGGGACACUUGUAUGAUGGACUACCGAAGAAUUUGAUGCUGAAUGUCCAGAUGGAGGGUGUGUUUUACCUUGAUCGAGCCGAGGAAGCCAAGAAAAGAAGAGAUAUGAAGCUCGAGCUGGAGAGAGAGAGAAAACAGAAAGAGUACAUCAGAGAGUUGGCGGAGUUACAAGACGAAAUUUCCCAUGAGAGACGAUUGCAAAGAGAGAGGCGGGAAGAUGAAGAUCGACAGAGAGUUCUAGCACAACAUCGGAAUGACCUGAAUGGGUUGAAAUCUGACUCUUUAAACCAGCGCAAUACCGUGAUCGAUAUGUCUACAGCUGGGAGUUCCACUGCCUCAACCGCAACUAGCAACCGUAAUGGGAACGUCAGCCCAAUCUCCUCCAGUGCUCACCCGCCAAGCUCUACUAAGAAACAUAAAGAUCGGGAUGGGAAAAAUAACCCAACAAAGCCGGUUUCGCCAACGGCCAGGCCAUACAACUCAUCUGCAAAGGACGAUUGGGACUAUCAGAAACAAUUUCAAGGCGCACGCAGUGACAGCAUUGACAAAUUGAUGGCUAUGAUCGGACUUGAGCAAGUCAAAGACAAGUUUCUCACCAUCAAAGCUCGAGUUGAUACGGCAUUGCGGCAGGGCGUUGAUCUGAGCAAAGAGCGUUUUGGCUCUGUCCUGAUUGGGAAUCCAGGAACUGGCAAAACAACAGUGGCUCGACUGUAUGCCAACUUUCUUGGUGCUGUUGGAGUCCUCCCAGGCAGUUAUUUUGCAGAAACAACGGGUUCGAUCCUCGCGAAUGAAGGCGUGUCAGGUUGCCAAAAGAGGAUUAACACUAUACUCAACAGCGGCGGUGGAGUUCUUUUCAUCGACGAGGCAUACCAGUUGACAGAGGGCCAGACCCAAGGAACACAAGUCAUGAACUUUCUCUUAGCAGAAGUCGAGAAUCAAACGGGAAAAAUGGCGGUUGUGUUGGCUGGGUAUCGCACACAUAUGGAGAAGUUCUUCGCGCAUAAUCCUGGUUUACCGAGUCGGUUUCCACAUGAAUUUAAAUUUGAAGACUACACUGAUAGCGAGUUGCUUCAGAUCUUCGAAUAUAACAUCAAUCAAACAUAUCAGAGCCGGAUGAAAUUAGAAGGUGGCAUGGGUGGUCUCUACAGCCGCAUUGUGUCUCGUCGCGUUGGCCGAGGACGUGGACAUGAAGGAUUUGGGAAUGCGCGUGCUAUUCAAAACACCUGCUCAAGGAUAUACGAUCGGCAAGCAACUCGGCUUAAAAUGGAAAUGAAGAAGAACGCCACAGUGGACGACAUGCUCUUAACCAAGGAAGAUCUCAUUGGCCCCGAGCCAUCACAGGCUCUACAGAACUGCACUGCGUGGCAGAAACUUCAGACAAUGAUUGGGCUUGAUACCGUCAAGAAGAGUAUCGAGGCAUUCUUGGAUAGCAUGCAGUAUAACUAUCUUCGUGAGUUGGAAGAAAAACCACUGUUGGAAUUUACCUUGAAUCGUGUGUUUCUGGGCUCCCCAGGGACCGGAAAGACGAGUGUUGCGAAAUUAUAUGGUCAGAUUCUGGUUGAUAUUGGCUUUUUGUCUAAUGGGGAGGUCAUUGUUAAAAAUCCUGCGGACUUCAUGGGAAGUGUGAUCGGUGAAUCUGAAAAGAACACGAAGGGCAUCCUCGCAUCAACAGUCGGGAAAGUCCUUGUUAUUGACGAAGCAUAUGGACUUUUCGGCGGAGGAGGUACAAAGAAUAAAGCAGGCUCUCACACGAACCAAUUCAAAACAGCUGUCAUCGAUACAAUUGUCGCGGAAGUACAAAGCGUUCCGGGGGAUGACCGUUGCGUCCUGCUCCUAGGAUAUAAAGAUCAAAUGGAGGAGAUGUUCCAGAAUGUCAACCCAGGGCUCACCCGACGGUUUCCUCUGGAUUCUGCCUUUACAUUUCAUGAUUUCACGGAUGCUGAAAUGGGCCAGAUCUUUGAUCUGAAAUUGACAGAGCAAGGCUUUGAUACUACCACUCUCGGGAGAAAAGUUGCGAUGGAUGUUCUCGGGAGAUGUCGAAACCGGCCUCAUUUUGGAAAUGCUGGCGAGAUUGAUAUCCUACUAAACAAGGCCAAGCUUAACCACCAGAAAAGAAUCAACAGUGGCCAAUCACGUAUAUCGUCUACCUUUGUGCCUGAAGACUUUGAUGAGGAUCAUGAUCGCGGACAGAAGGCAGAGGCUAACGUACCGAAACUGUUUGAAGGGACCGUGGGAUGUGAGAAGAUCAUCACUCAGAUGGAGGAAUAUUGUCGAAUUGCUAAAGGAAUGAGGGCGCUGGAUUUGGAUCCUCGGACACAGAUUCCAUUUAACUUUUUGUUUCGUGGACCUCCAGGAACUGGCAAAACCACUACAGCCCGCAAGAUUGGCCAGCUAUACUAUUCCAUGGGCCUUCUCUCGUCUACAGAGGUGAUUGAAUCGUCAGCCACCGACCUUGUUGGCCAGUAUAUCGGCCACACCGGUCCCAAAACACAGGAAUUGCUGGAGAAAGCACUCGGUAAAGUCCUGCUCAUAGACGAGGCAUACAGACUAGCCGAAGGGCAAUUCGCUAAAGAGGCCAUUGAUGAGGUUGUCGCUUGUAUUACCCAUCCCAAGUACGCACAGAAAUUGGUCAUUAUCCUGGCCGGGUAUGAAGAGGAUAUUAACAGGCUCAUGGCCAUCAACCCAGGGUUGACGAGUCGAUUUCCGGAGUCGAUUGCGUUUAACGGACUUGAUCCCAACGCAUCGAUCACACUGUUAACUACCCUAUUUAGAAAGCAGAGAGAUAAACUGAGAGAAAAGGGGAAAGAAUUCAACAUUGGCGUCUUGGACCAUCUACCACCUAACUUACGCGGGAAUAUGCACUCCUAUUUUGCAGAACUCUGCCAAACGCCCAAUUGGGCCAAUGCAAGAGAUAUCCAGGAUCUGGCUAAGAAGAUCUUUGCCAAAGCAAUUCAAAAUAUUGGUGGUGGAAGACUAGUUCUUACAGAGCAUGAUAUUGUGAUGCAGAUGGGCCGGAUGGUUAAAGAACGUUCAAGUCGGUCGAGAGUCGGUCAUCGUCAUGCCGGGCCUGCUUUUAACCACUUGCCAACUGCUACGGAUACACAAGACAAGGCUCAACCCGGAACGAACAGCAGUGUGUCCACAAGUACGACCACGAUGACUACGAACGCAAACACCCAAGCGCCAUCGCCAGAUCCCCAUGCGAUUGAUCCAGCAACACCCACGCUGAGCACGACUAUUCCACGAGAUGCGGGAGUAUCAGAUGCGAUAUGGAACCAGCUACAACUUGACAAGCUGAAUGCACAGCAGUCAGAACAAGGAUAUGACCGUCUUCUUAACGACAUUCGAACGUUAGAAGAUGCAUUCAAUCAACAACACAAACCUGCCGACACCAAUUCGGCAAACGACCCCGCGACCAAGCUGGCCCGUGAAAAAGAACGCAUCCGCCGCGAACUCGAACGAAGAGCACAGGAAGAGGAGCUAGAGAAGCUACGCAAGCAGAAAGCUCAGGUCGAAGAGCGGAGGAGGAAAGAGGCCCAAGCACAAACAAAACUAAGACAGAUGGGAGUUUGCAUCAUGGGGUACCGGUGGAUUAAGCAGAGUGGUGGGUAUCGGUGUGCGGGAGGCUCACAUUGGGUGUCAGAUAAGCAGUUAGGUAUUUAG